AGUCAUUUCAUUUCUAAGAGAAAAUAAUUUAUUACAUAAAAACGCAUGGUAUUAAAGAAUCGUAUCAAUAAAAUAUAUUAAUUAAACUACACUAACACUGAAUAGUAAUGGAAGAAUACGCUAGAGAACCUUGUCCAUAUAGGAUCGUAGAUGAUUGCGGAGGUGCUUUCGCCAUGGGAUGCAUUGGAGGCGGUGUAUUUCAAACAAUUAAGGGAUUUCGUAAUGCACCUUCUGGCUUAAACAGAAGAUUGAUUGGAAGUAUAAUUGCUAUAAAAACUCGUUCACCCGUUAUAGCAGGAAAUUUCGCUGUUUGGGGUGGUAUGUUCAGUACUAUUGACUGUACACUCGUACAUUUCCGAAAAAAAGAAGAUCCCUGGAACUCUAUAAUAAGCGGUGCUGCAACUGGAGGAAUCUUAGCUGCAAGAAAUGGUGUUCCAGCUAUGGCAGGCAGUGCAAUAAUAGGAGGAGUGCUCUUGGCUCUCAUCGAAGGUGUGGGAAUAUUAUUUACGAGAAUAUCUGCAGAACAGUUCAGAAAUCCUGUUCCACCGUCGGAUGACCCUUCGGCUCUUGGAGAUCCUGGAAGUAAUUUUUCAUUUGGGUCUACCUCUAAUCAAAAACAAUAUCAAUAGAAUGAUAAAUAUUUAAGAGCGAUAAAAAAUAUUUUUAAUAUAAAAAUAUAUAAAAAUUGCUUAGAUAUAAGUAGAUGUUCUGGUCAAACCUUAAAAAAUCGUGCACCGCCUGACCCAUUUAAGGUAUCUAUUUUGCCUAGAUCAGUGCCUCUUUUGAUGAGAUGCUUUCACAAGGUGGUAAAAAACAACUGGGUGACGUCAUUCGUGCCACAGAUAAACGGUUAAGUCGAAAAACCUUUGGCCUAAAUAAAUACAUCGCGAAACAGCCUGAAAGCUAAA